UGCGAGCUAUUUGUAGCUAUUAUGUGUCUAUAAAAGGAAAUCUGCUGGGCGAUACGCACACCAAGAGCAAUACACUUUGAACUUUAUGAGAGGGGCUGAAAAGAAGACAUCUUGCUUUCCGCAUCUGCUUUGAUCAACAAUCUUGUAUAUUCAGCACGGACACAAGCUCCUGGAUGGAGAGGCAUUUGGAGCAGAAAUGGACAGCUUGAAUAAUUACGUGGGAAAGGCGCAGCCAUCGAAGCCUUCUAUUUUCACAUUUUUCCCUGUGGUGAAGAGAUUACCAAUUAAAAGCAUUAUUACUGAAGAGGAGAGAUUUGGAGCUCUGACAGGAAAUCCAGAUAAGAACAUAACUGUGUCCCACGAGGAGACGUCCAUGGGGACCAUGUCGGACGGGGAGAUUUUCAAAGUAGAGAAAGUCUUUAUCAAGGACAGUGUUGAGGGAGGAGCAGGAAACGUAAUCCCGCCGAAGACAGAACCUCAUCUGAAUCCUUCGGGAGAUCAAGUGAGCUUCUCUCGAACCAAAGCGUCUCCUUCAGUCAGGGCUCAGUCUGAAAAUACACCCAACCACGCAUCCGCUGGGACGGCCUCUAUGGAAACAGCUGUAGAUAAACACGGGGGCAUUUCCCCGCAGCGGUGUCACGAUAGCUCUGGACAGGCUGAGGUUAGCUUGGGUUGCUUUGCAAAUAGAACGCCUGUGUCAGAAGACAGAACGGGACCCCUGAACUCAGCAGAUCUGUGCCCCACCCCGGCCUCGUCCAGAGAGUCCAUCCUCUCGGAGGGCUCGGACAAAGACAGGAGCUGGUCUGCCGUGCAGCUUUCCUCUGUAGCCUCUCCUGCCUCCUUCAGCCGCACUGUUUCACCCUGCUCAUCUGUCCGCUCUGGGUUCUUUACCCCCACUGUUGUCCAGAUAAAGAAACACUUUCUUGCUCCUGGCUCCAGUCUGGUUCACCUCCCUCAAACCUGUUUCUCAUCCUGUGAAAGUCUGUCUUCUUCUGUCUGCCCACAAUCCCCCCCUCCCCGGCACCGGCCUCCUCUCACCAGACUCUCCCUCCUCACGGCCAUCCUAAGAAAAGGCCGCCUUCCUGUCCUGUCCCACGCACUGCAGAGACCUUACACCCCCUGCUGGCCUGUUAACCCCGUGACCCUGUCCUUCUGCAGCGCCUGCUCAGCAGCGUCCAGCGUGGCUUCCAUUCCCCUGGAGUUUUCCUCUCAGUUCUCCUCAUCGGCGUCUAUAGAUAGUCAAAGCCACGUUCACAGGGAGCCUAACAGGUGCGUGACGGCACCUCCGUCGGCGCCGUCAUGCGAGCUCGCCAGAACAUGCCCUCAGCCUCACGUGAGCAGAUGCUCCGAGCAAACCCGUCCGAGCAGCGCGCCCAGGUGGGAGCGGGUUGUUUCACCUCCGCCAGCGAAGGGCGCCUCACUCCCCCGAGCACCCCCGCCUCUGCUUUGCUCAGACUUCAAAUCUUUUCCCCCACCGAAGCAUGAACGAACGGGCUGUGCAGCUUCCGAAAACACCCCACCCGCGUACGCACCUGCAUCUCCUGAGCUGAAGCCCAACAACGCGCACGCCUUCCUCAAAGGCCACGCGGAUAACGACCCCAAAAAACUCAUCUCCUCGUCCUGUAAACUAGUUAACGAGGCAAAGGCUUCCCAGACGUGCAGCCGCCAGCCAAGUUCAACCCUCUCAAAGCUGCACUCGCUUUCCCAGCAACUGCGAUCUCCCCCCCUCUGUCCACCUCAUCUUCGGCCCGUGUCGCACCGCGCAAACACAGCAUCACCUCUGCGUUCUUUACAAAACACCCCUGGAAGGUGUCAGUCAGAGGCGAGCUGCCUCGAUUCCGGCAGCGCAGCGCCAUCGCUUGGUUUUCACAAAGUUCACUGCCUUUCUCCCUCCCGCUACACGCCCAUUGUUUUCUCCGGAUGGCCGUCGCCCACCAGCUCCCGCACACCCACGCCCUCUCCUGCUCCACCGCUCAGGGACCUCACCCCGUCCCCUUCUCUCUCCUGGCGCUCCACACCCUCCCCGAGGCCGGGGAGUGCAAUAUCAGACUGCAGUGACAGGGAGGGUAAAAAAAGAAAGACGCACAAGAUUAAGUUAAGCUACAAAUCGCUGGCUGCAAUUCCCACAAACACCCUCCUGCUGGAUCAGCAAGUGAUAGAUGAGCAGGUAGAGAGGGAACAGAGUUACUGUGACACGCCGGACGGAGGCGACACCGAUACUCACGCCGAGAUGUGCUCACCGGCUCAACUCCGGCAACAGUCAGAGGAGCUCUACGCCGUCAUUGAUGAGAUACUGGCCAAUUCCAUUGAAGCACAGAACUCCAAGUCCUCGAGUACCAGUGCUGGGCUGCAGCAGAACAAGUCAUCACUUCCAAAAUCCUUGGGACGGGAGACGAAAUAUGCAUCUUUAUGCACCUUGCACCCAUCCGCCGGCAUGGAAAGGAAGCUGAUGGAUUCUAAAAAGACGAAACCUGGGGUCAUUCGCCCGAUGACGGCCAGUCCGAGGCUCACGCUGUGGGACGAGGACGAAUUUUACGCAAACCCCUUCAAGAAGCCGUCGUCUGACAACAAGAAGCUUCAGGUGGAAGAUAUGAGUCGCGACAAGUCGGGGAUGUAUUUGAACAGCGGUUCACAAGGAAAAGCACUGAGAGAGCGGAGGGAGCCUGAAAGAGGAAGUCCGUUCACAGUAUGUGACCUGCAGAUAACGGAGCCUGAAGACCAGAUCAGUCACACUGGGAAGGAUGUGUCGACAUCUUUCAGUCCCACCGAGCGGCGAAUGGAAACUUUUGAAACGCACAUUUAAAGCAUUAAAUCCUUUUAUCUUCACUGAACAACUAUCUGCUAAGAACCAUUCAGAUGAGUGUAUUUUUCCGUAUGGUUCACAGGAGUUGACAGCGAACGUUCACUGUGCACCGCACGGGUGUUAAAACCCCAUGUAAUCGACCGCUUGCUAAUUCCAGGUGCGCGGGCGAUCUUUCUGCUCUCCCACAGCACGUACAGUUUAAGAUAGCUGGCAUUUCAAAGUGGACAAAAUCAGGCCUCUCCUUUAUUUAUUUAUUUUUAUUAUGUUUGCCAUGACAUUGACGUCUUCAUCACCAGUUGAUUCAUGUGGAAGACGUGUCCACAAUGUGCUGCAGUAGCUUUGACAAACAACAGGACAAUUUUGACUUCUUGUCCAUAUUUUAAUCAUAUAUAUCCUUGGUGAUCUGUUCACAAGUGGACAGCUCAGUCUCAAGCGACCGCCUGUGAUUGGAUCUCAGUUUUGCGUAAACUCUCAUCAUUUGGGACUGUGUGUGUGUGGGGAAAAACUGUUGUCUCAAAAUAGAACUGAAUGACAGUCACGGUGUGUAUGCAAUGCACUGCAAUAUGAUAAAAAACUGCAUGUGUGAGAGACGUAUUUAAAGGAUUAGCGGUGGAAAGGCACAUCACGUAGGCUCCCGUCUUUCACAGUGGUGAUAUUAGAAUUAGAUCGUUAGAGUUUUAUUGGCUCUGGCGCGCAGUCUGCUCUUUUCAUCCUCCCUCAGAAUAACAUCCGUCUUCUCUACUUGGAAAGAUGUGAACUUGUAGAACAAAAUUAAUGAGGCAGAGCAGACGAAACCCUCCCAAUUUAGAGAAUGUGAGCUGAACGGGAGUUCCUUCAAGGUGGCCCAAUCAAAGGAAGGGGCGUGAUGAUGAUCGUUCGCAGCCCAGAUCUUCGAAUGUAGUGUUGGAUGUGUUCACCCGAGUACUCGGAGCUCCCCACUCCACCCAAGACACAUGUUUUAAGCCAGGCAUGAACAGGACCUCCAGAUAAAAAGAGAGACCAUGUUAAACCCUUAUUCAGGACCAGCCUCUCCACUUACAGACAACGGCGAACGAGCUGUAACUUUCGCCUCAUGAUGUCCCAUAACGCUCUCAAACUCUCGUGACGCGAGACUUUAAGAUAUACAAUACAUCUGGAAAAAACACCUCAUGAUAUUUGAGAGUUUUUUUUCCAAAAUUUAGACAUUUCCAUUACCAGUUAUUGUGAUAUUAAGCCAUUUCUAAUGGAAACGCACCAAGCGAUUGGCACCAUCCCCCCCACACCUUGAGUUAAGCACCACUUUUAUCAAAGCACUACUUUUUCACCACUCCAUUUUCUUUCUUUUUUUUUUUACUGUCUGAAGUCAAACUCAAUGUGGUCCUUGUGCUGCAACACUUAUUUCAUGGAAAAUGACUCGCUGUAAAGAAAACACUAUUUUAAUACUAAAAAAAAUAAAAACAUUUAUGGGGAAAAUAUACUAUCCAAUAAAGAACUUUUCUGUCUGA